CAACUUAAGAUUUAAUGCAGGAAUACAUAUAUACAACAACUCCUUUGGCUUUCUCCUACAACCCCUAAUUUUGGAUCUCAACUUUGAUUUGUAUAUUUCAAACUCAUGGCUACAGUAAGAUUUAGUGUAUCUUCCCGCUUCCCUGCGAGUAGAAGACUCGACUGCGAGAGCUAUGCCGGUCUGAAAGCUAGGACGGCGAGGAUUAGCUAUCCCCAAACCAUUGCCACUCGUCGACACCAUGCUGUCCAAAUAGCAAACGGAGAUCGGACUUUGGUGGUGAAUGCUGCAGCUGGGGAGAUACAUAAAAAAAGGAACCCAGGAGAACCGAAGGGGUUUGUGGAGGAGAUGAGGUCCGUAGCGAUGAAAAUGCACCCGAGAACCCAGUCAAAAGAAGGAAAAAGAGAGUCCAUAGCUCCUCAAGACAGUCCUGUAGCAACCUGGGAGUUCACCGUGGAAGGGUACUUGAAGUUUCUCGUGGAAAAUAAACUUGUGUUCGACACCCUUGAAGGGAUUAUUCACGAGUCUACUGUCCCAACUUAUGCUGGGUUCAAAAACACAGGACUGGAAAGGGCAACUAAUUUGGCCAAGGAUUUGGAGUGGUUCAAGGAACAAGGUUAUGAGAUUCCUGAGCCAAGGGCUCACUGUAAAACAUAUUCUCAGUAUCUAAAGGAUAUAGCAGAGAAUGAUCCACCAGCAUUCAUCUGUCAUUUCUUCAACAUCUACUUCGGACAUAGCGCUGGUGGUGGUCGAAUGAUUGGGACAAAGGUAUCUGAGAGGAUACUCGACAAUAAAGAACUCGAAUUCUAUAAAUGGGACCGCGACAUUUCCGAAUUGUUGAAGAACGUGAGUGGAGAAUUGAACAAAGUCUCUGAGUUGUGGACGAGAGAAGAGAAGAAUCAUUGUUUAGAAGAGACAGAGAUUGCGUUCAAGUGUUAUGGGCACCUUCUUCGUUCCUUGGUGUCCCCUGAUUUGUAAUGACCCUCCGGUGGAAAUACAAGUAGGGGGGAAGGCCAUCAAGAGUAUGAAAGUUAAAUUACAAAUAAUUGGACUAAGUCUCCAUUCACAUUUUUUCUUUAUUGCAUAAUAAUAUAUGAAGUCUAUGUGGUUACCAAAAUGUGGGAACCUGACUUCCUUGGUUGUUUCUUUUACAUUUCCACGUUUGUUGCAACUAAUUAAAGUUCUAUCAUUCUAUUAUUUGGACCACUAGCUACAACUUUAAUGAUAGUCCAAAAACUCCUCGAUAAAUUUUUUUAAAUUUAAUAGAGUGGAUACAAAAUGUCCUAAUUAAAAGACGAACAACACGAAAGGAUUCUAGACUUGAAUCAAUACUUAUAAUUGAACAAUAAGUUCUCCUCAGAUAAAUUUGGAAACUCAAACUUUGAUGAAGUAAAAAGACAAGAAAUAUCAAACAAAAGAUGCAAAAAAUACAUAAAAGAUUUGUCAAAAAGGCAACAA